CGACGAGAUGUAAGCAGGGCCGUGCUUAUCUCUUCCAGCGAUGCGGCCCAAUUCACACUUCAGGGAUUUUUCAUGAAUUUUAACAGCGAACCGCAAAUGUCUUCUCAAUGCCAAUAUUAACGAGGAUCAGGUUUCAUGCAGAUGAGUGGGAUUGCAGCGCACAGCGGCAUUGUUUAUCUAACACAUCUGCUAGCCCAACAACACACCACCCUCCAGAGAAAGAGCCCUAACCACACGGGUUACCGCUCUCUCUUGAUGUUAUAAUUCAAACUUUACUCUCAUCUUAAAGUCUGACCAACGGCUUGCCACACUCACACCUUUCAUCCGUUCAGCGGCGGGGGGGUCAAGGUAACCGAAGCGGACAGGAGCCCCCCCCGGGACGGAAAACACAGCGGCGGCUGUUAAAUUGAGGGGCAGCUAUGGCUGAAAUCUCCGCCCUCACUUCCUCACCUCCCGGUAUGGGUGACCAAUCAGUGCCUGCUCCCUCUAGCCCACUCCCUCUCCUGUCAGAAACACCCAUCCCAAAAUCAUCUCUAUAUGGGGACCGAGCAGUGAUGGGGAAUCCUACAUUACAGGCAGGAGGUGGGACAAACUCCUCUUCCCCAGGUUCAACUUGGGAGACCACACCUAACCAGAACAGUGCCACUCCCUCUUCAACAACAACAAAGAGUCCUGUUUAUCCACUUGUGGAUGUACUAGCUGCAGCAGAUGGAGGAACUUAUGAGGAAAAUAUUAUAAUUGGCCACACAGUCACUCAGGGCUCAGAGCAGGAGGAACAGAUGCCAUCUCCUUAUCCCAGUCCUAAUCUGUACCCCAAUGUUCAAGUCAACCAGAUCUCCCAUCCUGCACCCUCCAAUGACAUUCCACCUGAGCUACCCCCUCCCUCUGUUCACAUUUCCACUGAACAUCUCUCAACCUCCAACCCUGCCCCCUCUCACUCAUCACAGUACUCUGGCCAAAUAUCAACAGGUCCUUUUGAAGCACAAGCACCCACCCAGAACCCCAAACCCAACACUCCCAGCUCCCUCAGUACUUCUGAGCCUCCCUGCACACCUUCAAAGACUGAGCCCCCAGCCGUACUGGUUCACGAGUCAAGUGGGUCCCUUGGUCUUCCCCACACUUACACACGGCCGGCCCCAGACACGUUGAGCUACCUGGAGUCGGCCAGCAUGAUGUCGGGCACGCUGGAUUCUCUGUCAGGGCUCGGCGAGGAUGGAAGUUCUUUGGGGUCCGACUCGGAGAUCAACGGCCCAUUGCGACGCACUGAUAAAUAUGGGUUCCUGGGAGGAACGCAAUAUAGUGAGGCCAGUGAGGCGGAGAUGCAGGUGGCUGUGGCAAGACAAAGAGAGAUGAAAUGGCUGGACAUGUUCAGAAACUGGGACAAGUGGAUAUCUCGACGAUUUCAAAAGGUAAAACAGCGCUGCAGAAAAGGAAUCCCCUCUUCGCUCAGAGCUAAAGCCUGGCAGCUGCUCUCCAACAGCCAGGAGCUUCUUGAUUCCAAUCCUGGAAAGUUUGAGGAGCUGGAGCAAGAGCCGGGGGAUCCAAAGUGGUUGGACAUCAUUGAGAAGGACUUGCACAGGCAGUUCCCAUUCCAUGAGAUGUUUGCUGCUCGGGGAGGACAUGGCCAACAGGACCUGUACCGUAUACUGAAAGCCUACACCAUUUACCGGCCUGAUGAGGGCUACUGUCAGGCCCAGGCACCAGUGGCAGCAGUGCUGCUCAUGCACAUGCCUGCUGAGCAAGCCUUCUGGUGUCUCGUGCAAAUCUGUGAGAAAUACUUGCCUGGGUACUACAGUGCUGGGUUGGAAGCUAUCCAACUUGAUGGAGAGAUUUUUUUCUCUCUGCUGAGGAGAGUGUGUCCCAUGGCUUACCGUCACCUAAAGAAAUUUAAGAUUGACCCCAUCUUGUACAUGACAGAGUGGUUCAUGUGUAUCUUCUCCCGUACUCUGCCUUGGGCCUCCGUCCUACGUGUCUGGGACAUGUUUUUCUGUGAAGGAGUAAAGAUUGUCUUCCGGGUGGGUCUGGUUCUACUCAAGCAAAUGUUAGGAUCUGUGGAUAAGCUCCGUGAGUUGCAGGGCAUGUACGAGACCAUGGAGCGACUGAGGAACAUUCCACCUGAAGCAAUCCGAGAUGAAUUUCUUGUGCAAGAGGUUGUCACUCUGUCUGUGACAGAGGCUCUCAUAGAGAGAGAAUGCAGUAUUCAGGUGCGGAAGUGGCGGGAAUCUCGUGGAGAGUUGACCCACCAGCCAGGCCGUAGGCUGCAUGGCACACGGGCGAUCUUCGAGCAAAAGCACCGGGCUGCUGCGAUCAGCUCUGGGGGCAGCCUGUCCUUCCUGGGCGGUCCUCCGCCUGGCCCCUUGCGUGCCUCAUCAAGCCUCCUUUCCCUUUCCGGCCUUAGAAAGUCUAAGACACCAUUCCAUUCUCAGAAUAAGAAGGGCUUCACCUCUGGCAGCUCAGGCCAGGAUGCUGUCCCACUGCAGCCAUUUAGAAGCGGCACUAGUGUAGUGGGACCACCAUCCUCGACCGGGAUGACACACUUAAAGCCUCCUGUAUCACCUCCCUAUAAUAAUGAUGCUGGGGGGCGUCCACAGGCACCACAUGGUCCCAGUCCUCUAGCUGCAUCAUUUUCUACUACCACGGCACCAGCUCCAACAGCACACGCAUCCAGUGCGCACACACACCAACCAAAAGUCAUCUCUGAGCACAUCACCCCCACCAUCCCCUCACCCACCGCCAACAAUGCCCCAUUACCACCGUGCCCCGAGUCUACAAAAACAGCACCUGCAGAGGCAGCAGAAGAGGAUGAAAAGAAGAAAAAGAAAAGCAAGGAGGACAAGAAGAGGGAAAAAGAGGAGGAGAAGCAGAAAUCCAGAGAAAAGAAGGAGAGGGAAAAGACCGAGAAGGAACGGCUGAAGAAAGAUAAGGAGAAAGCUGAGAAGGAGAAGAGAAAGGAAAAGGGGGGGAAGAAAAAAGACAAAGGAGGAGGUGGAGAGAUGGGGGAGAAGAAUGGAGGCGCAGCAGCAAAAGAUUUGGCCUAAUUCCUGACCUGUCAUUCCUUCAGAUAGGAGGGCAGGAGGAGGAUGGGGGGAAAAAGAGGACAAGGAAUCAAAGCGACUGCAUAGUGGGGAAAAGAGUGAGAGAAUAAAAGAGAGGGAGAGACAGAGAGGAUAAAUGAGCAAUCUCCUGUAACGUCCAUUUCAUCUGAAGUGCUCAUUUCAUAUGGAUAACUGGAUCACUGCACCUGCACCACAUGCUCCACCUCUCAUCAUUGCUUCUGCUUUCAAAGCUGAUGUCAACCUGACGAAACGUGAAAUUAAUUAUUAUUUGGCUGACGUAGGUUUUUUUUAUUAGUUUUUUGAAGGUGGACGCCUGACAGUGCAAGUAGUUCUAAGUUCUAGUAUAUUAGGUGUCAUGGUUUACAUAAACCACUUGCGGCUUUGGGCCCAUCUGUGCCAGCCCUACAAUCCCCUCUGUACACCACCUGAGAGGCGUCUCAACCAGAAUAUACAGAACGAAUAAAACAUUUCUAAAAAUGAAUGCACAGAGAAAAGCAAGAAAAUAAGUUUAGCCCCUGUGCUAGUAAUAAUUGUUAAAGUGUGAAUAUUCUGGAGGACCUAUUUAUUCACUGUAAUGUUGUUAUUAGUGUGUGUUAUUAUUUGUUUGUGCCUUGGCAGUAUAGUAAAUUGUAUAACAGUCUUGUGCUGCAGAUAGCUCUUGUUAGGUUCUUCUCUCUUUUCAGCUUCUCCUUCCAGUCACACCCACGUAAUUUGAAAGUGAGCAAAAAGAGUUAGGAAGUGGCCUUUAGGGGGAGUGAAAGAGCUGAUAAUAAGAUCUGAAUGCACGAUUUGUUGACUAAUGUUGCAGCCUCUAAUAUGUAAAUUGACUUUAAGGGGAGACACUAAAAAAAAGUGUUACCUCUCAAUAACUGCAGAAACUUUAAAUAUCAGUCCAUCGCUGUUUCAUUGACACUUCAUUUUCUCUGACCCAGAAAAUCAAAAACUUGAUUUGAUUUAGCAUAAACUGCAAUACAUGUUAACAUCUGCCAAGCGUGUACAAAACUCCAAACAUUCAGUGUGGUUUGAUGUUAAUAAUCUAAUAAUGUGGAUUGAGUUUUGCUCUGAGGCCUGCUGAUUUUCAUCACUAACCUUGAUUGAUUCUGAUGUAGGGCACUCUCUAAUACAGUUCACCUGACUACUUCAAUCUGUGCUUUUUGGAAUGGAAGGUUUGGUGCAGCAGUGUACCAUUAAUAUUUGAAGUUCUUUGCUUCAGGUUGUAAUGUUUUGAUGUACAAACUUGUAUUAAUUUAAUCAGAUAAAAUCAUAUGAUAUCUAUUAGUCUUCUUUUGGAUUAGAUUUUUUACUUUUCUAUGCAACUACAGUUUAUGGAGGCCUGAUAGACUGGAAUGACUGUGAGCUUUCACCAUAAAGAGGGCCCACUGUUAAGAGAGUGUUGUGGAGAACUUUGUAUUUAAUCACAGGAUUUAUUUCUGUUUUAUUUGUAAAGCGUUGAAAUUUAUUUUUGCAUAUUUUCUUCCAACUUCCUGGAGAACAAAGCCAAGCAGUUUUCAUUUAUUUUAGAAAUUUUUAAAUCACAAAUGUGUCUGAUGUUGCUGCAGUAUUUAAAUUAUGGGAGAUUGUAAUUGUGAUUUCAUACUGAUAUUUAUUCCACUCUAUUCUGAUUUCUUUCGUUUAGUUUUUUGCAAUUAUGUGCCCAUCACAUUAGAGUUGCUUUAUGAUUGAGAGAGAAGGAGGGUCCAGACAUGCUCAAAAUAAGAUUUGCUUGGCAUUUCUUUGUUAGUUAAAUUAUUAAAGAGUGUCCUUAUGAAACACUUCACCUGAACAUUGUUACUCUUGAUGUUAAGUGAACACUGAUAAAUUGAGGACUUACUCCACCAUUAUCCAUUAACCCCAUCAGUGUUAUGAAUUAUUCUGAUAACUUCACUAGGUGAUUUGACCUUUCAUAGGUUUUUAUUGUGCUUGUAAGGCUCAUACUCUGUAUAUAGUAUUCUAGAGUUUUCAUCAAGACAACAGACCUGAAGUGGGAUUUCUCGGGACCGAGCCUUGGUGAAGAGAAAUUUCCUUUGCAAUAUGGUUGCCAAAUAUUCUGUCAAUGUUUUAAUGGCAUCUCUUGAGUUUAUGGACUGGGUUGUUAAGUUGUUAAUUCUCAACUCCAGUGGUGUCAUUCCUGGCCCUUAGAAGUCAUUGCUUCCUCUAAUGGCACAACUAUUCAAAUGGAAAGCAAACAAAUGAUGUCUAUGCAAACUUUAAUUUCCAAACUGUCUGCACAAUGGUAAUGUUGAUCUAUAAUUUGUGGCCACCACAGGGCCCAAACUAACUUCACUGUUUCUAUCUGUUGAAAACAGAUAUCAGCACUGGAACUGCUGUAGAAAGGGUGGAGUGGUGGUGUCUUUGGCCUGUUAGAUCUAAUUAAAAUUAGAUCACUUUGAUCAUCUAGAUUCAUCUGAAGAAUAAAAGCCACUCACAUAAACCUGUUUUGCACCUAUCAGGCCAACAUUAAUAACACCACCUUCUUGUCUGUAUCGCAAAGGUUAAAACUGAUGGACUUGAAAUGGUUUGUAUUCUACGCUCAUCAAGAUUUGAUGCAAGGGUCAUCCAAGGUUGGUUUACUAACACGCUGGGACAGGGUGUAAAGUAUUUGACUUGUCUAAUGGAUUUCUGCGUUGGUCAAUAUGACCCAAUGUAUGUUGUAGGAUUGUUGUAAAAUUAAUUUUUAUUUAUUUUUAAAUUUUUAUUUAAAUUUUUGUUUUUGAUUAGGUUUAGUGUUCUCUCAUCCUGUCACUUGUAUGUCUUAAGCUUGUUUCUAAGUUUACAUUAAACCAUGUACCGGUUUAAUUAAACCAUUUAGACGGUUGUUCAGUUACUACAGAAAAGGAAGUUCACAGUGUAUUUUAAAAUUUAUUUGAUGA